GUACCAUCCCCAAAUCAUUUCUCAAAAAAGAAAAAAAGAACCAAAUCUCCAUUGACAUUGUAGCGGCGGCGGUGGUUCCCCAUGGCCUCCCAGGAGCAGCCACCAAGUCUGCCGCCGCCGGCGGAACCCGCCGCUACCACCACUCUAACCGGCCUCGGCAGCGACCUCCUCCGUGAGAUAUUCCUCCUGCUCCCGUCCCUGCCGAGCCUCGUGCGCGCGGCCUUCGCCUGCCGCACCUUCCUCGACGCCGUGCGCUCGUCCCCGGCCUUCAGGCGCCGCUUCCGCGAGCUGCACCCGCAGCCGCUCCUGGGCAUCUUCUUCGACCCCGACGGCCCCGCCAUCCCGGCCUUCGCGCCCCUCCGCCGCCGCGACGACCCGGACCGGCGGGCCGCCGUCCGGCGCGGGGACUUCUUCCUCACCGGGCUCCCCGACGACGACGACGACGCGCGCCCCGGCUGGGUCAUCAGCGACUGCCACGACGGCUACCUGGUGCUCGAGCACAUCUACACGCGGGAGGCCCUCGCCUACAACCCGCUCACGCUGGCCCUGGAUCUCCUCCCGCCGCUGCCGGACGAGUUCUACGAGGGCUUCCAGGGCCACUACAACGGCCUCGACUACCACGUCCACGCCCCCGAGGAGUGCCGCGACCACGGGGCGUUCCGCGUGAUCUACGCCUGCCACGACGACUCGCGGGCGCGCGCGGCGGUCUUCUCGUCGGACUCGGGCACCAGGGCGUGACAGGUCCUCCCCUAUUCCGAAGCUCUGAGGACCAUCCCGGAGUCCGGCGAGCGCGAGCACUGGCUUACCGCUGGCAGGAUAGUGGACGGGUUCAUCUACUGGGUGUACUCGGAUGAAGCCGCCAUGCUCGUGCUCGACACCACCACGCUGCACUUCUCUCGGGUAGAUAUCCCAGCCUACUUGAAAGGACAGACCAGCAUGUUCAGGGUUGGCAAGACCAGGGAUGGGGUGCUCUGUGUCGUCGUCGCCGGGGGAACACUAGAGGAACACGGCCAGCUCAAGGUUGUGAGCGUUGUCGACGGAGUCGUCUACUUCUCUACCCAUGAGACCUUCGAAGAUGCCAAUCUUCCUUGCUGGUUCCUAUCCAUAGACCUGGAGGAAAACGUCCUGGACAUGCUCUUUCAGAGGAACUAUGACAGUCAUGUCCAUCCCUACAUUAUGCCUUGGCCCCGUUCUUUGGUACGCGACAAGGCGUGUCUUCAAGUUGAAGGCGCUCGAUGAAAUGUAGACAAGGAUGCCUCCUUUGGGAUGUCGUAGCAACUACAAGUCCUGAACACGAUGGAUGGAUCAUAUGGGGAUGUCUGACGUGUAUCUGUAUUUGCAUCUCAGAGAUGUCAAGGAGCAUUGAUAUUAAUUUUUUGGGUAUCUGUAUCUGGUUAUGAACUCUUGGUGAUGUUCAGGAUGUAUGAAUGAAAAUUAACCAAGUUUGUGAA